AUGCACUCCUACAUCACCAAUGCCUGCGUCAACUGCAAUAUCUUUGGACAUGUCCCAUCCCAAUCCGCUACCACCAACACUCUUCCUUCCUCAUGGGCAUUUACAGUUGCCUUCAGUAAUGGCUCUGCUGCCUCUCACGUAGGCGCGAAUGAGGAACCGCCAUUUGUGGCAAGAACCGUGAACGGGGGAAGGGGCACUGAUCCAGAUUCUGGAGAGGGAACGGAGAAGGGUGAGGACGAGGAGGAGAAGGAGAAGUAG